GUGAUUUUGAUGUGCAAUUGUUGUUGCUGUUCUAACAAUCUGAAAGGGACUCAUCUUUGACUAAAGAGAAGGUAAGUGGUAGUAAUGGGGAGGAGUUUGAGCCCAAUACUUAGAAGAGAGCUGGAGAAUUUGGAUAAGGAUGCUGAGAGUAGAAAAUGCGCAAUGAAAGCAUUGAAGUCAUAUGUGAAAGAGCUGGAUUCCAAGGCAAUCCCUCUCUUUCUUGCUCAGGUUUCUGAAACCAAAGAAUCCAAUGCAUCAUCAGGAGAAUACACAAUUUCACUCUAUGAGGUACUUGCUCGUGUACAUGGACCUAAAAUUGUUCCUCAGAUUGAUAACAUCAUGAGCACUAUUAUCAAGACCCUGACAUCCAGUGCUGGAUCUUUUGCCCUUCACCAAGCUUGUUCAAAAGUUGUUCCAGCCAUUGCGAGGUACAGUAUGGACCCAACGACACCAGAGGAAAAGAAAAGAUACAUUAUACACUCCCUCUCAAAGCCCCUUUCAGAUUGUCCUGGGAGACAGGAGAGUUUAUCUUCUGGAGCUGCUCUCUGCCUAAAGGCUCUGGUGGAUUCUGAUAACUGGCGGGUUGCCUCAAAUGAGAUGGUUCAUGAGGUUUGUCAAAGAGUUGCCGGGGCUUUGGAGAAGCAUACACAAACUAAUUCUCAUAUGGCUCUAGUCACUUCAUUAGCCAAACACAAUAGCUUAAUCAUGGAAGCUUAUGCAAGAUUGUUGAUACAGUCUGGAUUACAAAUUUUAAGUAGUAGCAGUGGAGAAGGGAAUUCUCAAAAAAGAUUGUCCGCCAUUCAUAUGGUCAACUCUUUGAUGAAGUAUUUGGAUCAAAGAAGCAUACAUUCUGAGCUCAGAAUGGUUAUGGAGGAGAUGGAAAAAUGUCAAUCUGACAAGAUGCUUUAUGUUAGAGGGGCUGCAUUUGAAGCAUUACAGACUGCAAAGAGAAUAUGCUCUGAGAAGGGUUCUAAAUUUGAGAGAGAUGUAGAUUCAAUGACUGGAUCCAACUUUGACAGUAGAGGGAACAUGAGGAGAAAUCUGUGGGGAUCUGGUGACCAAUCAUCUUUAUCUGCAUCACCAGAAUCACGCACAAUUAAUUCGUUUGUUGACUAUGAACCAUUUAUGGACUCCCCUGUUUCAAUCAAUCAGGGCCCUUAUGUUUUGGGUAAUGAUAGGAGUGUGAACCGAAAACUUUGGAAGAAGAGUGCAAAUGGCGGUGUUGAUGUCUCUCUAAAGGAUGGCAUCUUCUCCGAAUUCACACAUGGAAAUGAUGUCAUAAACUCUGAGCACAAUGAGGUUCAUAAUGGUACCGGAGAUAACACUGCUGAAUUUGCUGGAUUUUUGCCAAGAUCUGCCCGAAAUGGUUUUGUCAGAAGUGCUACUCCAAGUCCACAGAGGUCACGCUCUCAUGUUAAUGUCGAAAGUGUGAAGAUCUUUGCAACACCAAGAAAACUUAUUCAUCUCCUUCAGGAUGCCAAUGAUGGGAGCUCAGACAUUUCUGAGAGGAAAACCAGAAGGUUUAGGAGUCCAUCCCUGUGCAGGUGUGAAGGAAGUCCAGAAAAGUCUGAAGUUAAUGGCCUCUUCCAUCGUGAAAGGCGUGAGUAUAGAGAAGGGGCAACAUCUAAUGAUGAGAAACACUACCAUCUGAACUCCGAAUCAGUAUCUUCAACAGAAGAUGCUCAAGCUAAUGGAGAUGUGCAAGUAUCUUCAAAUGAUGUUGCCCAUAAUGGAACAGAAUUUCAGGGAGUCAUUCCCCAAAAAGGCGAUGCUUCUGCUCGCAUAUUGAUUUUUGGUAUCUUAGCUGUACUUUUGGCAGCAUUCGUACUUUCGUUGUGGAUAGGCAAUCAAGACCAAAGCUUCAACCUUGUUCCCACCUAAAAUAUGUAGUUGGUCUUCUAUAAUAGAUCCCACUCUUAGAUAGUGGGUACUAAAUAGGACCUUCAGUAUCUUAAUUUUCUCAUUGCUCAUUGAGGAUUAAUCUACUUUGCUACAGAACUAGUAUCCUAUCAUCAGAAUUGAUUAUUUGGAUGUCAAUUGAAGUUUUUCUUUUU